AUACAUUAGAACGAAAUAAGAAUUAAUUAAGAAAGGAAAAAAACGAAUUCUCUUUUGAAAUUAAUAGUAUAUAAAGAUAAGAAUCGAGAGAUCUGAGAAAGUACGACCAUGGAUCUAACAUCUUUUAGUCGUGAUGAUUGGAUAGAUCAUUCAGUACAUGGCAGUGUCUUCUACGAUGGAAUGAAGUUCAAUGCCCUGGUCAUCCCGUCUAGCAUCGAGGCUUUGAAGACAUUCGAUGUCAGGGAGGAUGAUAUCUGGAUUAAUACCUACUCAAAGUCAGGAACUCACUGGGCAACAGAGAUCGUUCAUCUAAUAUUGAACAAUGGUAAUCCUGAUACGAUCGACCGUACGACCACGCAAGGCAACAUCGAGAUGAUCUACUUCGAGAAAGAUUCUUACGAUGAGGGGAAGACACGACAUCUACCCUUCUAUAAGAUCAUAGAAAGAGCUACAUCACCUCGUAUUAUACCGACACAUCUACCUGUUAAAUAUCUUCCACCCGGCAUCGAUAAAAAGAAGGCUAAAGUGCUCUACGUUGCACGGAACCCUAAAGAUGUGAUUACAUCUCUCGAUCGCUUCGUAGGAAAUACUGAGAUGGGUGAUUUCAUUAGAUGGCAGAGCGCCCUCAAGGAAUUCAUGGAUGGAACUAGGAACUACGGGUCAUGGUUUGAUCACGUGAAGACAUCGUGGAAUCUACGUCAUCAAGAAAACAGAUUCUUCAUCAAAUAUGAAGACAUGAAAAAGAGCCCAAGGGACGCCAUCGAAUCUAUUGCCAAAUUUCUUGAGCGCCCUCUGUCGGAGGAUACCGUAGAGAAGAUCGUAAAACACAGUUCGUUCAAUGAAAUGAAGAAGACUUAUAACAAGGUCGAGGAAGAGGGGAAAGUAGAACUCGUCAAAGCUAUGGGGACAUACUCCUACAUGAAUAAAGGUGUAAUCGCGAGCUGGAAGACCCGAUUCACGGUGAGCGAGAACGAAGAGUUCGACCGCGUCUAUAAGGAGAAAAUGUCUGACACCGACUUACAAUUCGAUUUUGAGUAGGCCUUUGGGCAACAAAAUAAUCU